UCUCACCAGCCGACAGUGACGCAGCAACGAAUCGGAAGCAUGGGCAGGUGGAUGUACUCAAGUGCUAUGUACAUGUACAUAGAACAAUCAACCGUGAUUGAUCUAGUAGAGCCAGCUGCACUAGACUACGUUAGGGCUAGCUUAUUUAGUCCUGAUCGGCCUGUCAUUGAACUUUUUGCCGUCCACCGUUGACCAAUACACAUGUGCAGUCAUCAGACAAACCCUCAAGAUGAACAAUAUAAUAACGAAAGCCGACAAUUCAGACCCUGUCUCGUACACGUGCAAAUGUUCGGCACAGACAGAAGGCGGGAAAAUCCUAUUAUUCUACCGCUACUGGAGCAACGCGCCCACCCUUCCAACCGAGCACGUGACGAAAGCAGAAGAUGCAGAUACCCUCGCUCGCUUCCACGAAAGCCUUGCCUCGCAACUAGAACUUGGGGGCAAAUUCCGAGUCGCUAAAGAAGGGUUCAACAUUACACUUGGGGGAACAAGUCCAUCCAUCGCAGCAUACAUCGAGGAAUGUCACAAGCACUGGUCCUUCUCAAACAUCGAUCUCACGACAGAAGAAGCGCGCCAUGAAUACUUCAAACCAACGCCCGGAUGUGCCUGUGCGUUCGGUAAUAAAGCAUCGAUUAGAGUGACGGCUGAGAUCACGCCGCUCGGUAUCACAAACUACUCCCCCUCAUCAUGGUCGAAUGUAAUAUCCCUGUCUCCUCCAGAAUUCCACGAUAUCUGCAAGGACGGAUCAAUGCGGCUAAUCGACGUGCGGAAUCACUAUGAGUCGCGAAUUGGGUACUUCGUCACUGGGACAGGGGAGGUUGCUGUGCGUCCAGCCGUGCGGAGGUUCAGCCAAUGGCCUGGUUAUGUCGCGAGACAUGUACUCGGGAACGAUCUUUACAAAGCUCCCAUCGCAACGUACUGCACCGGCGGGAUCCGCUGCGAGAAGGGUGCGCGGUGGAUGCAGGAACAGUUGGCGGCGAACGCAAGCGACGAUGAUGUGCCAGUGUACACGCUUCGCGGAGGUAUCGUGGCGUACCAGGCUUGGAUGGAGCAAGAGAUUGAACAAGGAAGGAAGAAGCCUGAAGAUAGCUACUUCAAGGGGAAGAUGUAUGUAUUUGACGCUCGGGGCGCGAUUGCCCCCGACGGUGAGACUUGCGAGAAAGUCUCGACGUGCCAUAGGUGCGGCAAUGGCGAAGAUCGCCUUGGUAAGUGUAGAAGAGCAGGCUGUAAUUUGGUUCUCGUCGUGUGUGAAGCAUGCGAGGACGAUGGUGGGUGCAAUUGUUGCGAGGACUGUCGAGCUACCGAGGAUAAAAUACUGCAAGACGGCGGAUCGAAAGAAAGGGGUAUGUGUCGAUGUGAAAGCGACCGCGAACGAUCGCUGUGGGGUGAUGGAGGAGCCAAACUCGGACAAGGAAAAAGUGGCAGAAGAAAGGGUAACAAAAACACAAUUAAACAGCUAUGA